AUGCCCACUCAUCCUUUGGUAGACUCUCUUCACUCCAAGGGGAAGGAUGCUGAUUAUCAUGAAGAAGAAGAAUACGUUGAUCCAGAUGAAGAGCUGGAUGCUUCGAAAAUUAAGGAGAAACAAGAAGCCAUCAAGAGAAUGCUUAUUCUGGCUAAAAUGGCUCAAAAGUAUAACCUUGACGACGAACAAUUGUUUGAUGAUGACGGUGAAUAUGACGACAAUGACACAACAGCCACUAUGGCUGGCUCCAUUCAAGCCGAGCGCUUAAACAGUACACAACCACGACAUCCUAAACUGAGCGAAAUGAAUUCUAGCCAACAAUUGGGAGGAUCAACUUAUUCAGUAGAGUCAUCCUCGCAAAAGAUGACUCCAUCACAACAACAGCACAACCUCAGCUCUUCCAACAUAAGCGAUUCAAGCCAGAGGAAACGAGGCAUCAGUAGGCGACUUGCAAGUACAAUGGCCUCACGUAACAAAUUGCUGGACUCCGCUAACUUUGAUACUAUGAGCACAGGAAGUGAUGACAUGUCGGACACACAAAGCCAAAUCAUCUCCGAUGGUGCUACUACAUCAGGAGUUCUUGUAACUCAUCAAAAAGAUUUCAUUCAACUGAAUAAUCUCAUGGCUCAAUUCAUGAUGUGUGGUUUUCCGGUUAUUAUUUUUGACAAUUUUGCAACUGUUGUAUUCCUUAAUAAGGAAGCUGAAGAUUUAUUCGGAGUCUAUUCGUUUUCAGUUCUUGGAGAGCAUGUAGGUGAUCUGUUCUUGGAAGACUCUGUUUGUGAGAUUCAUAACUUAAUAGAGAUGUAUACUGGAAGAAAUGUUAGUCAUUCAUCAUCAACAACCUCUUUUACAAGCAAACAUUUUUCUCCUGAAGACUUGAAAAAGAAAAAAGAGUCCUUGAUGAAAAUCAGAAUACUGAGGGCAAAAUCUACUACUCUCAAAACCUUUUUUUCUGUGAGGUGUCGUUUCACCUGCAUUAACAAAUUGGGAGCUGAGCAUUUUGUAGCUUACAUGGAAGUGAUGAAAGAAUCCGCAGAAGAAAAGAAGGAAAUGGCAAUGAGACAAGUCUAUGAGGCGAUUACAGAGCUCUCUGUUAUUCCCAUUGUUUCAAUCUCCCAAGUGGGUAUUAUUCAAACAUUCAAUGGUGCAUGUUCACAAACAUUUGGCUAUCAGAAGAAGGAAGCCAUCGGAAAAAACGUAAAAAUGUUAUGCAACGAUAAGGACAGAGCAAAACACGACUACUAUCUAUCGAGAUACCAGAAAACUGGAGAAAAAAGAGUUGUCGACAAGACGCGUCUUCUCAAAGCUAAAACUAAGAAAGGAAAAGUAAUACGAAUAGAAUUGAGAGUUUCUGAGGUAGUGGACCCUAAUUCUGGUACAACCACAUUUGUAGGAUUUAUCAGAGAUUUAAAAAAUAUGCUAACCAAAGAAGAACAGUUGACAAUGUUAGCAGACAAAAUAUUUCCUAAAAACGUGGCUCAACGCAUCAGUCUGGGAGAGAAAGUUAUAGAUGUGUUUGAUUUAUGCAGUGUGUUGUUUUGUGAUAUUGUCGGUUUUACGAAAAUGUCACAUGGAAAAAGGCCAGAAGAGGUGGUGAGCAUGCUUCAUGAAAUAUUUGGCAGUUUCGAUGAUGUGUGCACUGCUUUCCAAUUGGAAAAAAUUAAAACUAUUGGUGACUGCUAUUUUUUAGCAAGUGGAAUUCCAAAAUAUGAUCCAGAACAUGCAGACAAGGUUGUCAAGGGAGGUCUAGCCAUGAUAAGGGUCAUUCAACAUUUUUGUAAAAAACAUGAGCCCCUAGAUCUUCAAGUAAGAAUUGGAAUACACAGCAGUGGCGACAUUAUUGCAGGAGUCGUUGGAAGAACAAAACAGACUUACGAUUUAUUUGGCAAGGGAGUUGAGAUAGCUCAGCUAAUAGAAGCAACAGGUAAAACCAAUCAAAUUCACAUCACAGACACUUGCUAUUCUGAAUUACAAUCUGAAAAGCUUAAAAGUUUAUUCUCGGAAAAUUACGCCCAAAAUACAGAAUUGAACCUAGAGAAAAUUGGUACUGUUGUAAUUCCUGAAAAAACUUGGAUUACAGAGCUGCAGUAA